ACGUUGCGCCCUUAAACGACUCCAGCGGAACUCCACAAGAGCGAUAGCUGAUAGGGUUUGGGCUUUGGUUUCCGGCGGAGGAAGAAGAAAAGCUCGAAAUGGAGUUAGCUGUUCAAACCCUCUUCAUCGGGCACAAUCCUCAGGCGAUUCUUCAAAAGCAGAGAAAGGUUUUCUGUUCUAGAUUACUGACUUCACCGAGAACCAGAAUAUGUGCUUCGGUUAGCCUGAAACGUGUUGCUUCAGAAAAUUUUAGAAGGAUUGGUUGCAGAAUUCCCAAUGCAAUACUAGCAAUAUCCUCAGAUUUAGGUAAUAUUGGUGAAUCAUUGGCUACAUUUGAGGAUUUCACUGUUACAACUACAAACAUGGGUGACCGAGAGAUAAAGAUCAGAGUUGAUGCAUCUGGUGCUAGAACUCAGGCGAAUUUUGAUAAUGCCUUCUCAAAGUUAGUUGCUGCUGCACAACCAAUUCCUGGUUUUCGGAGAGUGAAAGGAGGGAAGACUCCUGAUAUACCAAAAGAUGUUCUCUUGCACAUCAUCGGCCCUUCAAAAGUUUACAAACAGUCUAUCAAGAAAUUGAUCAACACAACUGUUGCUGAAUUUGUUGAAAAGAAAAGUUUGAAAGUCACAAAAGAUCUGAGAGUUGAACAAAGCUUCGAGGAGCUUGAGUCAAAAUUCCAACCAGGAGACGACUUUGGAUUUGAUGCAACUUUACAGUUUCAAGGACUGCGGACUGAGAGCAUUGGUGCUAGUCUCUAGAUCUAUCAACAACCGAGGAAGACUAUAUUAUGGAUGUAAGCAGCAUGGAUUGUUAAAGUGGGUGAGGUAUGAUACUGGAAUAAAUGAAGACACUAGUGAUAUACAUUUUAGAAUGUUGCCAAGAGUGGAGUCAAGGGUUCGAUGUGAACACAUUGCUUAUCUUGGACAUAAUAUAGGAAA